AUGGGUGAACAUAAUGGACCUCGUGAGAGGACUCUUAGGGAGAUGGCUGCACCUGAUUUCACUUAUGAGAGUUUGUGCAUCCAAUAUCCUGAAGAAGAUGUUCCUUUCGUGCUUAAAACUGGACUAAUUCAUUUGUUGCCCAAGUUUCAUGGUCAUGCAGGUGAGGAUCCACACAAACAUCUAAAGGAGUUUCAUAUUGUAUGUUCUACCAUGAAGCCUCCUGAUGUUCAAGAGGAUCACAUCUACCUGAAGGCAUUUCCACAUUCAUUGGAGGGAGUUGCUAAGGACUGGCUGUAUUAUUUGGCUCCCAGGUCCAUCACUAGCUGGGAUGAUCUCAAAAGAAUGUUUCUGGAGAAAUUCUUCCCUGCCUCACGGACCACUGCAAUUAGGAAGGAUAUAUCAGGGAUCAGACAACUCAGUGGAGAAACCUUGUAUGAGUACUGGGAAAGAUUCAAGAAAUUAUGUGCAAGCUGUCCUCACCACCAGAUUUCAGAGCAGUUGUUGCUGCAAUAUUUCUAUGAGGGGCUGAAUAACAUGGAGCGGAGUAUGAUAGAUGCAGCAAGUGGUGGAGCACUUGGUGACAUGACCCCAGCUGAAGCCAGGAACUUAAUAGAAAAGAUGGCCUCCAACUCUCAACAAUUCAGUACCAGAAAUGACAAUGCAAUUGUUGUUAGAGGAGUUCAUGAUGUGGCCACUGAUACAGAUAAAAAGCUGGAGAGUAAACUUGAUGCCUUGGUCAGCCUGGUGAGUCAACUUGCUGCGAAUCAAAAGUCAGCAUCUGUGGCAAGAGUUUGCGGCCUUUGCACAUCAAAUGAUCAUCAUACAGAUUCGUGUCCAUCAUUGCAGCAGUCUUCUGAUGUUAAUGCUCCUCAAGCCUAUGCUGCAAAUAUCUACAAUAACAGACCAAUGCAGCAGCAACAACAAAAUUGUGAUUUGUCCAGCAACAGAUAUAAUCCAGGAUGGAGGAAUCAUCCUAAUCUUAGAUGGUCUUCGCAGCAGCAGCAACAACCUUCACCACCAUUUCAGAGUUCUGCUGGUCCAAGCAGACCUUAUGUGCCUCCACCAGUUCAGCAGCAGCAACAGCAGCAAUAUCACAGGCAGCAGAAUGAAGCUCCUGCACCAUCAGCUCCUCAACCUUCUACUUCCGAACCUUCAUUGGAGGAGUUAGUGAGGCAGAUGACAAUUCAAAAUAUGCAAUUCCAGCAAGAGACCAGAGCUUCCAUUCAGAGCUUGACCAAUCAGAUGGGACAGAUGGCUACUCAACUUAAUCAGGCACAGUCACAAAAUUCAGAUAAGUUGCCUUCACAGACUGUGCAGAAUCCAAGAAAUGUGAGUGCCAUCACAUUGAGGUCCGGGAAACAGAUUGACAUGCCCACUGUAGUACCUCCACCGCCAUCUGCACCUGUACCAGUUCCAGUUCCAACAUCUGCAUCUGAGCAAAAUGAUCAACCAGUUGGUGUCAAAAAUUUUCAUGCAGGUGGACCUUCUUCCAGCACCAGUUCAGAUUUGCAGCCUCCUAUCCCUCUUCCAUUUCCUCCUAAGGUGAUUCCAAGCAAAAAAAUGGAAGAGGUGGAUAAGGAAAUCUUGGAGACCUUCAGGAAAGUAGAGGUGAACAUACCUUUGCUUGAUGCCAUAAAGCAAAUCCCGAGAUAUGCAAAAUUCCUCAAGGAGCUGUGCACUCAUAAAAGGAAGAUGAAGGGAAAUGAGAGAAUCAGCAUGGGCAGAAAUGUGUCUGCUUUGAUAGGUAAAUCUGUUCCUCACAUUCCUGAAAAAUGUAAGGACCCAGGUACUUUCUGCAUACCUUGUAUUAUUGGGAAUAACAAAUUUGAAAAUGCCAUGCUUGAUCUGGGUGCUUCUAUAAAUGUCAUGCCUCUGUCCAUUUUUAAAUCUUUGUCUCUUGGUCCUAUGCAACCUACGGGUGUGGUGAUACAGUUGGCAAAUAGAAGUGUUGCCCACCCUACAGGUUUGAUUGAGGAUGUUUUAGUUCGGGUUGGUGAACUGAUUUUCCCUGCCGAUUUUUAUGUGCUUGAUAUGGAGGAGGGAUUCUCCCAUGGAUCUGCCCCAAUCAUUUUAGGCAGACCAUUUUUGAAAACAGCCCGAACUAAGAUUGAUGUGUAUGCUGGUACAUUAUCCAUGGAAUUUGGUGAUAGUAUUGUCCAUUUUAACAUUCUUGAUGCCAUGAAACAUCCAUCUGAAAACCAUUCUGUUUUUCGUGCUGAGAUACUUGAUGAUAUUGUUGAUGAGUAUUCUUCUAAUUUUCAUUCUCUGCAUGAUAAGAAACAUUGUUUUCUGUCUGAUCUAUAUACUUCUCUUGCAUGCACUGAUUCUGAUUCUGUUUUUGAUUUUGAAUCUGUUUCUGUAUCAGAUUUUGAUUCCUGUCCCAAGAAUAAUUGUGAUUUUGUAACUGAUUGUGCAUAUGAUGUUUUGGGUGCUGUACCUCUGGAUAUUAUUUCUUUAGAGUCAGAAUGCACUAACCAUGUUUCAGGAAGUACACGUGAGUCUGACUUGCAGGUUGAGGUACAUGCUGUGGAACCCUUAGUUCCUUCCACUGUUCAGCCAGCACCCAUUCCAGAAUUAAAGCCUCUACCAGAAAACCUCAAGUAUGCCUACUUGGAGGAUGAUGAGAAGUUUCCAGUUAUCAUUUCCACCUCCCUUGAUGCUGUUCAAGAGGAGAAACUGUUGCACGUUCUGAAAAAGCAUAAGAAAGCCAUCGGUUGGACCCUGGCGGACAUCCCUGGUAUCAGCCCAUCCACUUGCAUGCAUAGGAUACUCUUAGAGGAUGGAGCUAAACCAGUCAGAUUAGCCAAUAGGAGUGUUGCUCACCCCACAG